GUGACAUCAUUUUGUUCGAGUUGAUUGGUGGACAUUGUCCACCUCCGUGACCAAAUCGGCUGGUGCUCUUGAAGGGCUCACUGCUAGUUUAGUUUUUUCUUCGUUUUAGUUAAUGUUUGGCACUCUUCUUCAGUGACAUACUGAUGCAUGCCGACCUACUGCCAGUCUGUUGGUAAAUUGCGUUAAGAGCCAUAAAUGAUUGCAUUCGUCAACCCGUAACGAAGCCGUUGCAUUAAAGUCCGGCGUUAAUGCACACGGGGUUGCUGUGAUAUAGUUGCUGUAUACUACCACGUACCCAAACGAAACAUUUGCGCGUUGUGCUGCUGCACGAGAGACUCGAGUCAUCACAUCAUUUUCGUAGUGGCUAAAAUGAAGGCCGUACGAGUCUGCAGGUUCGUCUUCUUCACGAUGUGUUGGUUUCCCAGUUUCGACGCCCAAACGCUACCGGGAACUGUGGUUCCCCUCGGCAAUAACGUGUCUUUGACAGACUGGAACGAGGCGACGGCACCGACCGAGCCGUCUGCAACUGCCCGAGGAGGGGGCGAGUCCGCAGCGAAGAUACCACUGUACAUUGGUGGGUUCUUUUCGCUUCCCGGCGGGGGCUGGGACGGCAGUGGGGUUCUGGUCGCCGUGAAUAUGGCGUUGGAGAGCAUUAAUGCCAACCCCAACGUCCUGGCCGAGUACGAGCUGGGAAUGGUCUGGGAUAACUCGAGGUGUGACGCCGGUCUGGGAACCAGACUCUUCUUCGAUCAGAUUCGGCUGCCCCCACAGAAGUUGAUGCUGAUUGGGCCCGCCUGCUCCACCACGGCACAGGCAGUGGCCCAAACGUCAUUCUACUGGAACCUCAUCACGAUGUCGUACUCGGCUGGCUCCUCUGCGCUGUCCAAUCGGGUGGUCUUUCCGUACUUCUAUCGUACCUACAUGCCGGACGCCAUGCUGAAUCGGGCCCGGAUACGGCUCAUCAAGGAGUUCGGUUGGCAGAGGGUGGCCACCAUCCACGAAAAUCAAGAUCUCUUUUCUCUGGCCAUCAAUGAUAUGAUCAAUCUUCUUAAGGCAGAAAACAUCACUUUGAUUUCCUCGGAGUCGUUUGACGAAGACCCGACCAACCAGGUUGCCAACCUUAAGGCGCUGGAUGCUCGCAUCAUUAUAGUCAACAUGUACGAGAGCAAGGCACGACGCGUCAUGUGCGAGGCUGCCCGCCAGGGUAUGACUGGCCCUGGCUACGUCUGGUUUCUUUUAGGCUGGUUAAGCUACAAUUGGUGGAAACUCGACGACCCUACCGUCAAGAAAUGUACCACGGCUGAGUACAAAAGCGCAGUGGAAAGCUCGUAUUAUAUCGGCUUCGAGACCGUCUUGUUUGGGGACGAUGACGCAGUGACGGUGUCUGGAAUUACGCCGCUUGAAUUCGACAAUGAGGUACGAAGGAGACUGGCCUUACCGGAAAAUAGUGGGUACACCUACAACGGCAUCGCCAGCUUCGGUUACGAUGCGGCAUGGGCCAUCGCACUAGCACUGAAUGAAUCAGCCGAGAUUCUGAAGACGAAGACGUUUGAAGACGGUAGCACCCGGCGUUUGGAGGACUUCACCUACGAUGACAAGGAGAUGAGUCAGGUCUUCUUCGACUCACUUGACAGAAUCAAUUUCUACGGCACAUCGGGUCCCGUCAGCUUUCUAGGUGCAGACCGAAUCUCAUUCACAAAGAUAGAGCAGUUGAAAGUCGGCUGCUGGCCCAAUUGGAUAGAGCACAGAGGUAGAUGUUACAUGUUUGUUGGCGACCCGGCUAGCAGGGAGGAUGCAGUGGCAUAUUGUCGUGCCAACGACAACAGCCAGCUGGCAUCGGUGGAUGUUGACAAUGACACCGAAAUCGACUUCCUGUUUCAAGCACUACGGGAAGCAAAGGUCAACGAUACGACAGAAAAUAACAAAUGGCUUAUCGACACGGUAGGCGACAUGGAUUUCAACUCCACCAAUGCAACUUGUUCAGCGUUGGAUAUAGCAGGUGAUGUUGGCCUUAUCGCUCAGAUCAGCUGCUUGCCACUUCCAUUCAUAUGCGAGGAUGAAGCUGAGUAUACAGAGGUGAAUAUUGGGACUUACGAUACGGCAAAUGAUGUGCUGAGGAUGACUUCGGAAAUCAUAUGGCCAGGUGGGGAAGUUCCGCCUGAUAGAACGCCGGUCAUUCGGAUCGACAGAGUUGAGGAAUAUGUUGGUAUCGAUUUCAUCGUGUUUGUUAGUCUCGCGUCCUUGGCUGGCAUUGGCAUUCUUCUGUCUCUAUUCUUUCUUGCUUUUAAUAUCCGGUACCGUGCCCUGAGGAUUGUCCGAAUGUCCAGCCCUAAUCUCAACAACAUCAUCCUGAUUGGCACCGUCAUUGUUUAUGCAUCGGUUGUCCUGUAUGGAAUCGAUACGAAUUUGGUGGCCGAAAAGCACCUGGUGCUGUUUUGCCAUAUCAGAGUGUGGUUUCUCGUCGUUGGGUUUGUUUUAGCCUUUGGAGCGAUGUUCAGUAAAACCUGGAGAGUCCACAAAGUGGUGGCGAGGAAAACACCCAAGAGAAAGGUUGUUCAGGAUCGCCAGCUUAUUCUGAUGGUAGCUGCUCUGCUCCUGAUUGAUGUUGUCAUUCUGGUACCAUGGCAACUCAUCUUCCCGUGGCAUGUGGAUAAAAUAUAUCUUCCUGAAAAGCAAGACACAGAGAAUGCCACGCUGAUACUCGUUCCGUACAUUACGAUGUGCACUGGGGAAUACUACCUGUACUGGACGAUUGGCGUGUGUUCCUUCAAGGGACUGCUGCUGAUCUUUGGCGCCUUCUUGGCCUGGGAGACACGACAGGUGACUAUUCCAGCACUGAAUGACAGCAAACUGAUCGGCAUCAGCGUCUAUAACGUCGUCAUACUAUGCAUCGUGGGUCUAGCUAUCAACUUGGUCCUUGGUCGAGACCCACAAACUCUCUUCAUCUUCAAUUCGGGCAUCACCAUCUUCUGUACCACGCUGGCGAUUCUUAUUGUUUUUCUACCGAAGGUUCUAGCCGUACGCAAAAACCCUAUGGAAGACCCCAUGCGUGAAUCAACAACUAGGACCAUGACACGUAAUUCCAACGACAGCAUGAACAACAAUAGAGAGAUGAUACAGGAGAAUCGCGCACUGAAAGAAAAGGUUGCACAGCUUCAAAAGCAACUGAAAGAAAGUCAAGAAAUCAAAGGAAAUGAUAAUCACCUGCCAAGUGGACCGACCCACAGUCAGAUAAGGACGCGGGCGUGCAACCUGGGCGUGUGGUGUUGCGGGCUCAUCUGCGGCUGCUCACCGGGUGAAGUCGACCAGCCUGCCGCGAGCUACAGGGAGGACGAAACGGUCCAAUCCGCUCACAUCAACGAGGUAGACCUGUCGCUGGAGAUGGCGACAAGCACGACGGUCGGCACACCCAUCUCCAAUGAUCCGAAUCACGCAAUACAGUCAAAUGAGUGACGGCGAAAUAAGUUUUUUCCAGGGCUUGUUUACUUUGAGCUUCGGGCAAAAACGAAAGGCCAAGAAGCUGGGUGAUUAACGAAAGGCAGCUGGGUGAUAGACUAGAGACCUGCAGAACUCAUAUAAUGACGGACAACGGCCUCCAAGUUUUCAGUUUACAUCACCCAUGGAGGAAUAAGAACACACUUACUCCAUGGUUCACCGUAACGAAUGUACUUUCCUUCACAGUUCAAAAGGACAGUGACCAACCCAUGGCCGGUAUAUCUGAGAGAUUACACCCACUGACGCCAAUAAAGAAAGGCCGUCAGUUUUGUCAUUUUCAAAUUGACUUUCAUAAUGUUGCACAAUUUAAAAAUUGAUAUUUUGCAAAAAACAAAUCAAUACAAUAUAGCAAACCGAAACGAUUACAAACCCCAAAACCCCAAAUUCAUAUCCUUAUGUUUUAGGUGCAAACAUACAUCGAAAUAUCUACAAAAUCAUGAAUGGCGGCCUGUUUGAAAUUCAAAAUGGUCGCCAUAGAUGGUUUUAAAAAUAUUCAUAAAUACCUAAUACAGUUCGCCUCGGGUAUUAUUAUCACCCAUCCAGACUCCAACCGGUCUUAAACAAAGUGUUUAAUACCUCCGAAACACACAUCUAUUCCCUUAAUUGCACCAAGGUAAAGUUCAUUGAGUACUGUAUAUGAAUACGAGGGAAAAUGUCCAAUAAUGUCGUAAAUGUGAUAUGAUAAUACAGAUAGAAUAAUGAAAAGACUAGGCGAUGUAUUAGGUAAAGUUCUGUAGGUCAUGUUCCACGCUACCAUGUACAGUAAUCAAGUAACCAUGGGAGGUAUAGGUCAAAGGUUACAUGAAUAUGCAUGGUCCAUUACAGUAACUUGUUUUAAUAACGGAUCCAGGAUUUCCCAAAAGGGGGUGGCAGGGGUGUCGAAAUCCAACAAUUUGGCAAGGGGGUGGGGUUGGGAAUGGAUGAGGUGUGGAGCAGUAAGUCAAGAUUGCAAUACAUGUAGUAAAUUAUGGCGUUAUUCAAGAAAGACAUAUGGGAUUUGUUUGGCAUCUUGUGUAUAGUCAACAGUCGGGUUGGUUAGCCAUGCACUUACACCUCAACCUUGUAUCCGCCCUUGAGUCUAAUAUCUAUUUAAAGUUCAUUUCAUUUAAAGGAAAUAUUUAUUGUUUACUUUAGUUUUGACUUGGGUGGGGGGGGGGGGGAGGGGUUAUGAAGUAGUAACACUACCACCUUUGUCUAGAAGUAUAUUUAAUUACUAACAGCAAUUGGAGCAUUGAGCAACUACAUUUCUCUUUUAUGUCGGAAGUGGCUAUGUCCGUGAACGAGGCUGUUCAAAAAGUUGGUAAUUGUUUUAUCUGUACAUUACAGACUUAUGUAAAUUAUUUAUAGAGCGAUAUAUGAAUACAUUUUAACGUCCUCCCUGCACUGUUUUUUUUCCCAGAGUACUAUGUCGGCACGUUUGUAUAAAUUAAAAUAAGUGUUCAAAGUAUACUUGGUGUGCAACAUUAUAGAAUUGUUGAGAAGGACCUAUACAAUGUAUUUUUUAUAAAACUAUCCUUGAACAUGCA